AAGAAAGAAUGAUAAAGGAGCAACAAUCGAGAGUUUGGAGUCGGUUUGUGGGGGCGAGAGAGAUUAGAAGUGAAGAGAGGUAGAGAUAUCGAGAAACUCAAAAUUACAAAAAUAAAAAAUAAAUUAAUAAAAAAAAGUAAAGAAACCCAGAAAUUAUUAUUAUUAUUAUUAUUUUUUUAAAUAAUAAUAAUAAUUCUUAAUAUUUUUAUUGUGUAAGAGGAGAAGGUGGUGUUGGGUGCCAUCCAGUUCUCCUCCCACCCAUCUCUCUUCUUUCUCUCUCUAACUUCUUCUCUUCUUCCUCAUCGUCUUCCUUAUCCACACAAAGCUAACAAUUUCAACUUUUUUGUUUGUUUUCUUUUUUGGGGGUUUUCUAUUUCCUAAAUUUUCCAUGAAAAUCAGGCUCUGAUCGAGUAAAUCGGUGUCUAAACCGAGGUUUUUCUUUAGGAGGAGUUUUGUUUUGGGGGUGGGGGUGGUGGGAUUUGAGAUAUGAGGCGAGGCAGAGGAGCCACCACCGGGAGAGGGGUUGCUCCGCCGACUCAAGCAGCGGUGGAGACGCCGGCAGUAGAUCCCAACAACGGAUCGGGUUUGAAAGAGGUUAGGUACAGGGGCGUGAGGAAGAGACCUUGGGGAAGAUUCGCAGCCGAGAUCAGAGACCCGUGGAAGAAGACCCGAGUCUGGCUUGGUACUUUCGAUUCAGCGGAAGACGCGGCGCGUGCAUACGACGCGGCAGCUCGUACCCUCCGUGGACCUAAAGCCAAGACAAAUUUUCCGUCGGCGGCUUACUCGCUUGCUCCCCCUUUUUGUUACCAGAAUCAUCCCACCGGCGUAGGCGCCGAUCCGUUAGCCGAUCAUCGUAUGUAUGGAUCCAACGGUGGAUUCGACGACCAUCAUCAUCAGAAUCAUCCUCAUCAUCAUCAGGUGGACCUUCAGAGACCUACGUCAAGCAGCUUGAGCUCGACCUUGGAAUCGUUUAGCGGGCCCAGGCCUCCGCCGUUGUCUACCGGAACGGUGGAUCCGGCAGUGUCGUCCCGGCGGCGGUAUCCACGGACGCCGCCGGUUGUUCCGGAAGAUUGCCAUAGCGAUUGUGACUCUUCGUCUUCGGUUAUCGACGACGUUAAUGGUGAUAUAGCUUCUUCAUCGUUUCGAAAGCCCUUUCCCUUUGAUCUCAAUUUUCCACCGUUGGAUGAGGUUGAGCUCGCCACAGACGGUCCCGAUCUACACUGUACGGCUCUAUGCCUUUGAUGAUGAUCAUCGUGAUUAUGAUCAAUGAUUCAAUCUUUUUUUCUUCUAAUAUUAUUAUGCGGAAAAAAAUGACAAAAAAAUCAGAUAAGAUUAUGAUUAAAAUGAACUUAUGGAAUGUUGUUUGAAGAGAAAUUACUUUUAUUUUUUUUCUUUUUUUCUUUUUUUAUUUAGAAGAGAAAAAAAAAAUAUUAUGAAGAUCCUUGUUGUGAAAUUAUGAUAUCUGGGCUUCUUCAUCAACUUAUUACUGAACCCAUUCUACUUGUAAAACUAAAAUCUUUUUAAAAAAUUGAGCUCUACACAUUAUUUGGUCUUAA